CAUAUCUCACCCAAUUUUUGGAAGAAACGGAAAUUCCACCUCGUCUUUCUUCUCCCAUUCGCGUUUCAACUUUUCAUUCUUCGACGCCGCGGCCAUCGAAGUCCCUCUUGUUCCUCCGACCGAAAGUGCGGCGACUAAGAUCCUUAGCCUCCCGCUCUCUCAUGCCUUUCCCCGAUUCCCACCCUCUUCCUAUCGAAAUUUAGUUGAAGGGGACUGGAUCUCCCAUUCUCCUCUAUCUGUUGGAAAAGUUCCAAGAUCCGGCGGUCCUAUCCUCAUCAAGUUAUCUUCUCCAGCUAUUGAUCGGGAUUCUCUUGUUUCGGUCAUAAGUUUCUUGUUCAUAGAUCCGUCUCUUCUUAGUGGGAGUCACCGGCUGGUCGUCCGAGUGCCAUGGAGGCAAUAGAGGAGCUCAUCCAGCUAUCAGAGUCCAUGAUACAGGCCUCUAAUCUCCUUUCGGACGAGGACGUUGAUGAGAAGUCCCCCCGCCGGAGUUCUACAUUUCUCAACGUCGUUGCGCUCGGGAACGUUGGUGCUGGAAAGUCGGCAGUUUUAAAUAGUUUGAUCGGGCACCCCGUUCUGCCCACUGGGGAAAAUGGAGCAACUAGAGCGCCAAUCAGCAUUGAUCUGCAGAGAGAUAACUCUUUGAGCAGCAAAUCCAUCGUUCUGCAGAUUGACAACAAAUCGCAGCAGGUUUCUGCAAGUGCUCUUAGGCAUUCUCUACAAGAUAGGCUGAGCAAGGGAUCUGGAAAGGGUCGUGGUGAUGAGAUCUAUUUGAAGCUACGUACCAGCACAGCUCCUCCAUUGAAAUUAGUAGAUCUACCUGGAUUAGACCAACGGGCAAUGGACGAGUCUAUGGUGAGUGAUUAUGCAGCACGUAAUGAUGCAAUUCUAUUGGUGGUUAUUCCGGCUGCCCAAGCAUCUGAAAUUUCUUCCUCUAGAGCUCUCAGACUAGCUAAGGAAUUUGAUGCAGAGGCAACCAGAACAGUUGGUGUUAUUAGUAAGAUUGAUCAAGCUGCUGGAGAUCAGAAAGCUCUUGCUGCUACUCAGGCCCUUCUACUUAGCCAGGGUCCACCAAAAGCAUCUGAGAUUCCAUGGGUUGCUCUAAUUGGGCAGUCCGUUUCUAUUGCUUCAUCACAGGCUGGAUCUGUAGGCUCAGAAAAUUCACUUGAAACAGCUUGGCGAGCUGAGAGCGAGAGUUUAAGAUCUAUACUAACUGGUGCUCCUCAAAACAAACUUGGUAGAGUAGCUUUGGUGGAUACCCUUGCCAAGCAGAUACGUAGUCGAAUGAAGCUCAGGCUUCCAAAUCUACUUUCCGGGCUCCAGAGUAAGUCACAGUUAGUUCAUGAUGAACUGUUUAGGCUUGGUGAACAAAUGGUUCAUACCUCUGAAGGAACCAGGGCCAUUGCUUUGGAGCUUUGUCGUGAGUUUGAGGACAAUUUUCUCCUGCAUAUUACCUCUGGUGAGGGAGGGGGUUGGAAAGUUGUUGCAAGUUUUGAAGGAAACUUUCCUAACAAGAUCAAACAGCUUCCACUGGACAAGCACUUUGACAUAAACAAUGUUAAGAGGGUUGUGCUAGAAGCUGAUGGUUAUCAACCAUAUCUUAUUUCUCCGGAGAAAGGUUUAAGGUCGUUAAUUAAGGGAGUUCUAGAACUUGCGAAAGAACCUUCGCGUCUUUGUGUGGAGGAGGUUCACCGUGUUUUGAUAGAAAUAGUUUCUGCAGCUGCAAAUGCCACACCAGGACUUGGAAGAUACCCUCCAUUCAAGCGGGAGGUCAUUGCAAUUGCAACAAAUGCUCUAGAAAAUUUCAGAAAUGAGGCAAAAAAAAUGGUUGUCGCACUAGUUGAUAUGGAGCGUGCAUUUGUUCCUCCUCAACACUUUAUCCGCUUAUUGCAGAGAAGGAUGGAUAGACAACGGCGCGAAGAAGAACACAAGAGCCGAUCUUCUAAGAAGGCACAUGAGGCUGAACAGGCUAUUCUAAACAGAGCAGCAAGUCCUCAACCUGGACACCAACAAUCAGGUGGUAACUUGAAGUCAAUGAAAGAGAAGUCCAACUCAGAAAAAGAUAAAGAUGCAAAAGACGGUUCAAAUUUGCAGGUUGCUGGGCCUGGUGGAGAGAUAACCGCUGGUUUCUUAUUGAAAAAAAGUGCAAAGACAAACGGCUGGAGUAGACGUUGGUUUGUUUUAAAUGAGAAGAGUGGUAAGCUUGGAUACACCAAGAAGCAAGAGGAGAGACACUUUCGUGGUGUCAUCACUUUGGAGGAGUGCAACAUUGAUGAGGUGCCCGAUGAAGAAGAAACCGUUAAAAGUUUGAAAGACUCCAAAAAGGCAAAUGGACCAGAUUCUAAAAGUUCAGCCCUUGUGUUCAAGAUAACCAGCAAAGUUCCAUACAAAACUGUUUUGAAAGCUCACAGUGCUGUGCUGCUGAAGGCUGAGAGCGUGGGUGACAAAGUUGAAUGGAUGAAUAAGAUUAGAAAAGUUGCUUAUAAGGGAACUGCUCCCAAGAAUCUGCCAGGUUCUGAUGUUGGAUCUUUGAGACAAAGUCAUUCAGAUGGCUCACUAGAAACAAUGGCAAGGAGACCUGCUGACCCAGAAGAGGAACUUAGAUGGAUGUCUCAAGAGGUCCGUGGUUAUGUGGAAGCUGUUUUGAACAGCCUUGCUGCGAAUGUUCCCAAGGCUGUUGUGCUAUGUCAAGUGGAAAAGGCAAAGGAAGACAUGCUGAAUCAAUUAUAUAGCUCAGUGAGUGCUCAGAGCACUGCUAGGAUUGAAGAACUUCUACAGGAAGAUCAAAAUGUAAAGCGGAAGAGAGAGCGGUUUCAAAGGCAGUCAUCCAUUCUGACAAAGCUUACUCGUUCACUUAGCAUACAUGACAAUCGAGCAGCUGCUGCUACUUGGUCAGAAAGUAGUACUGGAGAAGAAAACACUCCAAGAGCUGCCACUGCUUCAGCUGAUGAUUGGAGGUCUGCAUUUGAUGCCGCUGCAAACGGCCCUUCCUCGGAGUCGUUUAGAUCCAACAGCAUCAAUGGGAAUAGCCGACGUUUUGGCGAGUCAACACAGAAUGAUGAAGCAGGCUCAGGUUCCAAUUCUAGCAGCCGGCGAACUCCUAAUCGGUUGCCUCCCGCUCCUCCACCUAACUCGUCAGUGUAUAAAUUCUAGGCCGCCAUUGACGAUCUUAUUGGCUAUUUGUUUGCCAUAUUUUUGUUGGGGCCACGGCUGUUAUCUUUGUUUAUUUUCGUUUUUCCCAAUUCAGGCUCGGCCUUAAAACCUGGCAUGAGGGAAAGGAAAUUUUCGAGAACUGUACCCAACGCCUCGUAGGGGAUCUCGAUCCCUUCAUAUCUAUAGUAGAUAUCAUGUGAUGUUGCACUUUUUUCAAAGGUUUGGAUGUAUGAAAUUUUAAAAUGAUAGAAAA